AAACCGGCACUAUAAAAGGACCGCCAUGCGCAAAACUACGCAGUCCGUCCGUUAUUCUCGCCCUGCGCCUCAUAAUUUCGCUGGUCCUCGUUCCAAUAUUCUUCUCUACGACGAUCAGUCUUGCUACUAACCAUGUUAGAUUUAGGUUAGGUCAGUCUUCCUCUUUCAUCUAUCUCCGGCUCCCACCGGCACGAUGGCUUCGACAUCCUCGUUCCGUCCAAUGGGUAGCAAGGAACAACUCGUAGACAUGUGGAAUGUGGUGAUAAAGGUAAACCAUGGUGAUAAUCUCAGGCGAUUCAAUGCCCACAUGCGUCAACAAUAUAUGUUAUUUGAAUAUGACAUGACAAAACUGAGAGCUAAAAUAUCAAGUCUCUUCAAGUUUAGUCCUGAUGCAGUUCUUGAACUUACCUAUACUGAUGAAGAUGGUGAUGUGGUGGCUCUAGAAAAUGAUGAUGAAUUGUGUGACGCUGUUCUUUAUCAGAGUUUAAACCCUCUAAGGAUAAAUGUUCAGAUAAAAUCGUAUUCAACCAAUGGUUCUUAUUCAGGAAAAAGUCCGGUGAAAAAUUCUGAUUCAAAUUCUGAUACUGGAUCUGAUAAAGCAAUUUCAGCUUGUGACAGGUUUUCUCAACUUGCAACUGGACUGAAUCCUACUGUUGAAAGCUCUCCGAAGUCGGAUCCUGAGCCAAUUCUUCGAGCCCUUGCAAAUAUUUUUCAUGAGGUGAUACAAACUGCAUCAACCACACCUAUGCUUAGUGAACUUUUGACACUCUUAUCCAAGAAGCAACUAACAAAAGUCUCCCAAUCUUCUCACAAGUCUACUGGCAACCCAGUGGGCAUCUCUUGUGGAACUCCUGGUCUAGUAUACUCUAAUACUGGUAAUGAACCAACAGUUUCAAAUCACAAGCCUCAGACUAACUUUGUUAGUCCAAUUCCAGAAAAUAUUCAAAAGACGGAUGAAAUUGACCACUCAAAGCAAUGUUUGCGAUGCAUAACCUAUGCUCCUGUAAUUUUUGAUCAGAAUAUAAGCAAGGAACAAAAGGAAGUAUGUGAUGUUUUUCGUGAUGGGAAACCCAUGGCUGCUGCUGCUAAGCUUCCUUCUUUGUCAACUACUACUCUGGUUGAUAAUAAUUUCAUGGAAAGUUUUGACAAGCUAAACCCCAACAUUGCUCCAAACGUUUUGCAUGGAAAUUCCAGAGCCAAUAUGCUUCCCUGUGAUACUACUACUGGACGUCCUUUUGAUUCAAUUUUCUCUUUCAAACAACAAGAUGGUUCCACUUCUCAUGUUGAUGCCAUAGGAAACAGGACAUUUGCUUCUUCAACUGCAUUUCCUCUCCAUUCUCCAAUGCUGCACCCUUGUGAAAGGUCAUCUAGCUCUCUUGAUAGCAUGCCACGUCCUUUCCACAGGGGUAUCAUAUGUGAUGGAUGUGGGAUGCACCCUAUUGUGGGGCCAAGAUACAAGUCUACUGUGUUUGAAAAUUAUGAUUUAUGCAGUACUUGUUUCCGAGAUAUGGGCAGUGAGACUGAGUACAUGAGAAUCGAUUGGUCUGAUUUCCAAUUCCCUAAAGCGGUGAAAGACCAACACAAGCUUCAGUAUGGUAGCCAACUUCCUUCAACACUUGCUUCCCCUAAUUGGAUGAAGGCGCCCAUACCAAAACUUGAUAGUUGCUUCAUCAGAGAUGUAACUGUAUGGGAUGGAACUGUGAUCGGCCCUUGUUCUCGCUUUACGAAAAUAUGGAAGAUGCGCAACAAUGGCACAAUUUCCUGGCCAUUUGGAACACAACUUGUAAGGCUUAGAGGAGACUACUUAGGGGGCCAUGACUCAGCCAUAUUGAAGAUUCCUGAGACAGGAUUGCCAGUGGAUGAGGAACUUGACAUUGCAGUUGAUUUUUUUUCACCAUCAGUACCAGGUCGAUACAUGUCAUACUGGCAGAUGUUAUCCCCUUUUGGGCAAAAGUUUGGGCAGGAGGUUUGGGUCAUUAUCCAGGUUGACGAUCAUCACCAACGGGCUUCUGCUUUUCUCAACAUGAAUUUGCCCACUAAAAGCAGUCAGCAGAACAAUAAAGUCGUCGUGGAUGUCGGCGAACCCGAGCCCUUGGAUUCAAACAAUUUAUCAGUGAAAAUGUUUAAGCCAGUUCUGCCAGCUGCAUCUCAAAUUUCAAAUCCUUAUAUUGAUAUUUCAAAAUCUUUACCACCUGCUAGUUAUCAUCCUCUAAUUGAUACUCCAUCUGAUGCUCUCGCCAAAGAGGACAUGGUGGAGCAAACCUUACUAAGAGAGCUAGAGGAGAUGGGCUUCAAGCAGAUUGAUUUGAAUAAGGAGAUCCUGAGGCAGAAUCAGUAUGACCUGGAGCAGUCGCUGGAGGAUCUCUGUGCCUUUAUUGAAUGAGAUCCACUUCUCCAAUACUUCCGGAAUGAGAGCUGAACAGGAAGCCUCAAUCGAAUUUCAAGGCUCUUAUUACCGGAGAGAAAGAUGAAUAAUUAUAGCUUAUAUAUAAGUUGAAAGUGGAUUUCUUAUAUGUUUAUUUAUGACAAAUAAGGAUGCAAUUUACGCUUUGGUUUUACUGUUCUGCUAUAGCUAUAUAUAAUUUCGAACACUUACAUUUUGGUUUUACUGUUCAACUAAAGUCCAAGUUUACAAAGGGGAGGAUUUGCAUGAUGUUUCGUUGCUGCUGUAUCUUCUUUCACCUUUUGUAACAGUUAUUUUUCUUGUUUUAUUCAACUACUUUGGCUUUGAUU